CAGGAAGAUCGGUAGAAAAUCUCUAAAGCAAAGGGGGAGAAAUAAUGGACAUCAUAUAUGAAAAGCCACAAACAGAAUGGGAGUAUGAGGCUGCCCAUGACACUCUCAUCGUCCAUCUCCCAGCAGAAUAUAAGAAGAAGGAAUUGAGGGUUCAGGUGACUAAUACAAGGGAGUUGUGGAUAAAGGCAGAACGAGAGGGCGGAGAGAAUAAACGUAUCCGGUUCCAUCUGACAAUUCCAAUUCGAGAUGACCAUGAUGCAAAUGGAAUCACUGCAACUUUUAGCGUAGGUAAGCUAUCUGUCAAAAUUCCGAAAUUGAAAGGAACAGUGGAGCCAAAGCCGACGCAGGGGAAGCCAAAACCGGAGGAAGAUGUGCGAAAAAGUAAAAAGGAGGAUCAAGAACAGUUUGCAGAUAAAGAAGCUCCUCCGACGACUACCACGGCGAAACCGAGAAUUGGGACAAGUACUGGUGAUGGGGUAGGAAAAACGAAUGGUGUUCCGAGUAAGGCAACAGAUGAAGGGAAGGAAGCUGAGAAGGGCAAGGGAGUAAUUGGGAAGGUAAAUCGCCUUGAUGAACAACCAGGAGUAGGAGCCUGUAAGCAAGUCUUUGACGGCUUAGUCAUGGUGAUCAAGAACCCAAAGAGAGUGAUGAACAUGGUACUUGCUCUUCUGUUGGUUGUGGUGCUUGGCCUUUAUGUUAAACAUGCAUUCAUGUCUAUGUUUGGAGAAACCGAUGAUAUUGAGGACUAAACUUGUAUAAUAAGCAAUCCUCCACCAUUAAUUUCAUCCAUAGAUUGCAUUAGAAUGUACACAUAUGAUGAGAAACACCAAAGCAAUGAAAUGCUCCAUAGUUC